AUGUCGCCGGUAUCGGAGUUCGACGUUGCGUAUCUCCACCACACAUCUGGCACUUCUACUGGGCUACCCAAACCGAUCCCUCAGACUCAUCGUGCUGCCGUUGGAGUGCUUCCUACCUUCCAUAGCGGUCAUGACAAGGCAACAUUUACAACGACACCCCUCUACCACGGAGGCGUGGCGGACUGCUUUCGAGCAUGGACCAGUGGUGCAAUGAUUUGGCUUUUUCCAGGUGCAGACGUACCAAUUACUGCCUCCAACGCUCUGAAGUCCCUGGGCUGUGCUCGAAAGUCUGCAGAAACUCAUCAGACGCCAGAAGUCAAGUACUUCUCUUCCGUCCCAUAUGUCUUGCAAAUGCUGGCGGCGGAAGAUAAAGGGCUGUAUACGUUGAGGCAGAUGGGGCUCGUGGGAGUUGGUGGUGCUGCACUGCCUCAGGCUGUAGGUGAUGAUCUCGUCCAGAAGGGGGUAAAUCUAGUCUCUCGAUUUGGCAGUGCAGAGUGUGGUUUUCUCUUGUCUUCGCAUCGUGACUAUACAGCCGACAAAGAAUGGCAAUAUCUACGAAGCAACGCAUCACCGUACCUGAAAUUCAAGACGCAAGAAGACGGCUUAGCAGAAUUGGUCAUUCUUCCAUCCUGGCCUCACAUGGCGAAACGAAAUGGGGACGAUGGCUCUUACGCAACAGCGGAUCUUUUUGAACCGCACCCUACAAUUCCAAAAGCAUGGAAGUACCAUUCUCGAGCAGAUUCACAACUGACUUUGAUCACCGGGAAGAAAUUUGACCCUGCACCACUUGAAGAUGCAAUUUCUACGUCUCCACUAUUGAGUGAUGUGCUGAUAUUUGGCAAUGGCCAACAAAUCCCUGGCGCGUUAUUGUUCCGAGCUAUCAAGUCAGCUGAAAUGACGAAUGACGAGCUGCUCGAGGCUCUCUGGCCGUCUAUAGAAAGACUGAACGCAGAAAGCCAAGGUCAUACUAGGCUUUCCAAGUCAAUGCUGACGGUGAUGCCCAAUGAUGCUCCUGCCCUCGAGAAGAGUAGCAAGGGUACCAUCAUGCGCGGCCAAGCCGAGAAAAGGUACGUGUCAGAGAUCGCACGAGCCUACAGUAGCGGUCCCGAUGCAUCUGCGAAUGGUUUCCUCUCGUCGACCAAGGACGAAGUGGCAGACGACGAGGUGCCCACCGCUGUAUUACAAGUCAUCCAGCACGUUCUAGACACUUUCAGUCCCAUCCCAGCAGAAGGUGACCUGUUCUCCCUCGGCGUGGACUCUGUACAUUGUAUGCAAAUUAGGGCAUUGCUACAUAGCGAAAUCGUCCCAUCCUUUACCGCCCAGCUACCACUUAACGUGGUCUACGACUGCGGCACCAUCGAGAAACUCUCCAAAUACCUCAUCAACAUACGCAAAGGACAGAAGAUGGAGACAGAAGACGAGACCCAAAUGAUGCGAGAUCUAGUACAAGAGUACAGCAGCUUUAACAAUGAGUCUCUAAUCUCUGUAGUCCCCGCACAUUCAACUCCAACCAAUACCGCCACCUCCAGCGAAGUCGUAAUCCUCACUGGAGCUACCGGCGCACUCGGAGCCCACAUCCUCGCCCUCCUCCGAUCCUCCUCUCAGGUCUCCGAGAUCCACUGCCUCCUUCGGGCUGCAUCUCCCAUAGCUGCCAACGAACGAAUCUCCAAAUCGCUCCUAGCGCGCAACAAAGCCCCACUGGAUUCUACAUCAUCGAAAAUCACAUGCCACCCAUGCAAGCUCUCCGACCCAGCACUCGGGCUACCUUCCUCCACCUACAAAGACCUCGCUACACGGACCACUCUUGUCAUCCAUGCAGCAUGGGCUGUAAACUUCAGCACGCGCCUCUCCAGCUUUGUAAAAGAUCAUAUCGCCGGUCUUCGCAACCUCAUCAACUUCGCCCUUGCAUCUGGAAAGACAAACCUCCCGCGCUUCGUCUUCUGCUCAUCCACAGCCAGCGUGCUUGGACCACAUUGUAACUCACCGAUCGCCGAACGCAUCUCCCAUGACCCCUUGUCCGCUUCGCCACUAGGCUACUCCCGCUCGAAAUGGGUCGCGGAAUCGAUAUGCGAGCAAGCGCAUCUCCACACGCGACUGAAACAUUGCGUAACAGUCUUACGGCUUAGGUCAGCUCUGCGGCGAUACAGAAAGCGGGAUCUGGAACGUUACAGAAGCAUGGCCUCUGAUGCUCAGCAGCGUAAAACUUACAGGAAGCUUACCCCUAUUAAAAGGAGAGCGAUUAAGCUGGUUGCCCGUCGACGUAGCCGCAGAAGCAGUCCUAAAUGUCGCGCUAGCUGGAACACAGACACUCAAGAGUGCUGA